AAAUUCAUGACCUCAGUAAUUUCCCUAUAAAUAUUCUCUCUGUCGUUUUUCCCGAUAGCCAAACUUCACUUCUUCCUUCUUCGUUUUGGGUUUCGCAACUUCUCCAUGUUUCACCAAAUUGUAGACGCCAUAACCGGCCACGACGAUGGCGGCAAGAAGAUAAGAUGCGAGAAGGGUGAGUGCAAGAAGAUCAAAGGGAAAGUGGUGUUGAUGAAGAAGAAUGUUUUGGAAUUCAAUGACUUCCAUGCAUCCAUUCUUGAUCGUUUUCAUGAACUGCUUGGCAAAAGAGUCUCUUUGCAGCUCGUUAGUGCUGUUAACUCUGACCCUACUGCACCAAAUGGGUUGCAGGGGAAGGUUGGGGAGGAAGCAUAUUUGGAAGAGUGGAUUACAACAAUCACUCCUUUAACAGCAGGGGAAUCUGCCUUCAACGUCACAUUUAAUUGGGAUGAAGACAUUGGAGUCCCUGGAGCUUUCAUAAUCAACAACAAUCAUCACAGUGAAUUUUACUUGAAAACUCUCACACUUGAAGAUGUUCCAAAUCAUGGCCGGCUUCACUUCGUUUGCAACUCCUGGGUUUAUCCUGCCAAACAUUAUAAGCAUAAUCGAGUUUUCUUCACUAACAAGACAUAUCUUCCAGGUGAAACACCGGCUCCAUUGCAAUAUUAUAGAGAGCAAGAACUUGUGAACUUGAGAGGAGAUGGAACUGGAGAACUUCAAGAAUGGGACAGAGUCUAUGACUAUGCGUACUACAAUGAUUUGGGUGAUCCGGAUAACGACAAACCAAGACCGGUUCUUGGCGGGUCUACCGAGUAUCCUUAUCCUCGGAGGGGAAGAACAGGCAGGCCGCCAACAAAAACAGAUCCCGGGAGUGAGAGCAGGCUGCCACUUCUGAUGAGCUUAAACAUCUAUGUUCCAAGAGAUGAGCGAUUUGGUCACUUGAAGAUGGCAGAUUUUCUUGGUUAUGCAUUGAAAUCCUUAUCUCAAUUCAUUGAGCCUGCAUUAGAAGCUGUAUUUGAUAGUACCCCAAAAGAAUUUGACUCUAUUGAUGAAGUAUACAAACUCUACGAUGAAGGGAUUCAGCUUCCUAAAGGCCAUUUUCUUGAUGACAUUAGAAAAAACAUCCCCUUAGAAAUGCUCAAGGAGAUUUUUCCAACCAACAAUGAUAAUCUCUUUGAAUUCCCCACACCACAGGUGAUUCAAGCGGAUAGGUCUGCCUGGAGAACAGAUGAAGAGUUUGCCAGAGAAAUGCUGGCUGGACUUAACCCUGUCAUCAUUCGUCGUCUCGAGGAAUUCCCUCCUAGAAGCAAGCUUAACCCUGAACAAUAUGGUAAUCAGGAUAGCAAGAUAACCAAACUGCACAUGGAGAGCAACUUAGAUGGGCUGACCAUAGAGCAGGCAAUUGAAAAGAACAAGCUAUUCAUACUGGAUCACCAUGAUUAUUUGAUGACAUAUCUGAGAAGGAUAAACACUACUUCCACGAAGACUUAUGCAUCCAGGACAAUACUUUUCUUGAAAGAUGAUGGUACAUUGAAACCAUUGGCAAUUGAAUUGAGCAAACCACACCCUGAUGCAGAUAAUUAUGGUGCCAUCAGUAAUGUCUAUACACCGUCAGAGCAUGGCAUUGAAGGUUCCAUCUGGCAGCUGGCUAAAGCUUAUGUGGCUGUAAAUGACUCUGGCAUUCAUCAACUCAUCAGCCACUGGUUGAAGACUCAUGCAGCAAUUGAGCCAUUUGUGAUUGCAACAAAUAGGCAACUGAGUGUGCUUCACCCAAUUUAUAAGCUUCUGCAUCCGCACUUCCGUGAUACAAUGAAUAUAAAUGCGUUUGGUCGGCAUAUUCUCAUUAAUGCUGGUGGAGUUCUGGAAUCUACAGUUUUCCCUGCAAAGUAUGCCAUGGAAAUGUCAUCCGCAAUCUACAAAAAUUGGACUUUCCCAGAUCAGGCACUCCCUGAAGAUCUCAAGAAUAGGGGAAUGGCAGUUGAGGAUCCCAACUCUCCACAUGGUCUGCGCCUACUGAUAGAAGACUACCCUUAUGCUGUUGAUGGGCUUGAAAUCUGGUUUGCUAUCAAAGGUUGGGUUAAAGACUAUUGCCUCUUCUACUACAAAAGUGAUGAAAUGCUUCAAAAGGAUUCUGAAUUGCAAUCCUGGUGGAAGGAACUACAAGAGGAAGGCCAUGGCGACAAGAAACAUGAGCCCUGGUGGCCUAAAAUGCAGAAAUGUGAAGAGCUGAUAGAAGCAUGCACCAUAAUCAUAUGGAUAGCUUCAGCUCUCCAUGCUGCAAUCAACUUUGGGCAGUACCCUUAUGCAGGCUUCCUCCCUAACCGCCCAAGUAUCAGUCGAAGGUUCAUGCCUGAACAUGGCACUUCUGACUAUAAUGAGCUUGAGUCAAAUCCUGACAGUGUAUUCCUGAAAACGAUCACCGCUCAGCUGCAGAGCCUUCUUGGCAUUACCCUUGUUGAGAUUUUGUCAAGGCAUUCAACAGAUGAGGUGUACCUUGGAAAAAGAGACACACCAGAAUGGACAUCAGAUGAAUAUCCGUUGCAAGCAUUCGAGAAGUUUGGAAAGAAUUUGGAGGAGAUUGAAGAAAAAAUCAUAGCAAGAAACCGUGACAAGAUGCUUAAGAACCGGGUUGGCCCUGUCAAGAUGCCAUACACUUUGCUUUAUCCUACAAGUGAAGGUGGCCUUACAGGAAAAGGAAUUCCCAACAGUAUUUCAAUCUAGAGCUAAAUUUCCAGCUACAUAUUUGCAUUAUUAUUGUAAUAUGUUCUUUAUGAUUUUACAGGUUUGAUCUUUGUUAUCUGGUUAUAACAAACAAUGAACUAGAACAUGGUCUGCAUAAUGGUAAUUAAUUACAUAAUCAUUUUGAAAGAGGUU